AUGCAGAGUAAGGCGACUCAUCUGAGCAAGGCGACUCAUCUGAGCAAGGCGACUCAUCUGAGCAAGGCGACUCAUCUGAGCAAGGCGACUCAUCUGAGCAAGGCGACUCAUCUGAGCAAGGCGCCUCAUCUGAGCAAGGCGCCUCAUCUGAGCAAGGCGCCUCAUCUGAGCAAGGCGCCUCAUCUGAGCAAGGCGCCUCAUCUGAGCAAGGCGACUCAUCUGAGCAAGGCGACUCAUCUGAGCAAGGCGACUCAUCUGAGCAAGGCGACUCAUCUGAGCAAGGCGCCUCAUCUGAGCAAGGCGACUCAUCUGAGCGAGGCGACUCAUCUGAGCAAGGCGACUCAUCUGAGCAAGGCGACUCAUCUGAGCAAGGCGACUCAUCUGAGCAAGGCGACUCAUCUGAGCAAGGCGACUCAUCUGAGCAAGGCGACUCAUCUGAGCAAGGCGACUCAUCUGAGCAAGGCGCCUCAUCUGAGCAAGGCGCCUCAUCUGAGCAAGGCGACUCAUCUGAGCAAGGCGACUCAUCUGAGCAAGGCGACUCAUCUGAGCAAGGCGACUCAUCUGAGCAAGGCGACUCAUCUGAGCAAGGCGCCUCAUCUGAGCAAGGCGCCUCAUCUGAGCAAGGCGACUCAUCUGAGCAAGGCGACUCAUCUGAGCAAGGCGCCUCAUCUGAGCAAGGCGACUCAUCUGAGCAAGGCGACUCAUCUGAGCAAGGCGACUCAUCUGAGCAAGGCGACUCAUCUGAGCAAGGCGCCUCAUCUGAGCAAGGCGCCUCAUCUGAGCAAGGCGCCUCAUCUGAGCAAGGCGCCUCAUCUGAGCAAGGUGCCUCAUCUGAGCAAGGCGCCUCAUCUGAGCAAGGCGCCUCAUCUGAGCAAGGCGACUCAUCUGAGCAAGGCGACUCAUCUGAGCAAGGCGACUCAUCUGAGCAAGGCGCCUCAUCUGAGCAAGGCGCCUCAUCUGAGCAAGGCGACUCAUCUGAGCAAGGCGACUCAUCUGAGCAAGGCGCCUCAUCUGAGCAAGGCGCCUCAUCUGAGCAAGGCGCCUCAUCUGAGCAAGGCGCCUCAUCUGAGCAAGGCGCCUCAUCUGAGCAAGGCGACUCAUCUGAGCAAGGCGACUCAUCUGAGCAAGGCGCCUCAUCUGAGCAAGGCGCCUCAUCUGAGCAAGGCGCCUCAUCUGAGCAAGGCGCCUCAUCUGAGCAAGGCGCCUCAUCUGAGCAAGGCGACUCAUCUGAGCAAGGCGACUCAUCUGAGCAAGGCGCCUCAUCUGAGCAAGGCGCCUCAUCUGAGCAAGGCGCCUCAUCUGAGCAAGGCGACUCAUCUGAGCAAGGCGCCUCAUCUGAGCAAGGCGCCUCAUCUGAGCAAGGCGCCUCAUCUGAGCAAGGCGCCUCAUCUGAGCAAGGCGCCUCAUCUGAGCAAGGCGACUCAUCUGAGCAAGGCGACUCAUCUGAGCAAGGCGACUCAUCUGAGCAAGGCGACUCAUCUGAGCAAGGCGACUCAUCUGAGCAAGGCGCCUCAUCUGAGCAAGGCGCCUCAUCUGAGCAAGGCGCCUCAUCUGAGCAAGGCGCCUCAUCUGAGCAAGGCGCCUCAUCUGAGCAAGGCGCCUCAUCUGAGCAAGGCGCCUCAUCUGAGCAAGGCGCCUCAUCUGAGCAAGGCGCCUCAUCUGAGCAAGGCGCCUCAUCUGAGCAAGGCGCCUCAUCUGAGCAAGGCGCCUCAUCUGAGCAAGGCGCCUCAUCUGAGCAAGGCGACUCAUCUGAGCAAGGCGACUCAUCUGAGCAAGGCGACUCAUCUGAGCAAGGCGACUCAUCUGAGCAAGGCGACUCAUCUGAGCAAGGCGCCUCAUCUGAGCAAGGCGCCUCAUCUGAGCAAGGCGACUCAUCUGAGCAAGGCGACUCAUCUGAGCAAGGCGCCUCAUCUGAGCAAGGCGCCUCAUCUGAGCAAGGCGCCUCAUCUGAGCAAGGCGCCUCAUCUGAGCAAGGCGCCUCAUCUGAGCAAGGCGCCUCAUCUGAGCAAGGCGCCUCAUCUGAGCAAGGCGCCUCAUCUGAGCAAGGCGCCUCAUCUGAGCAAGGCGCCUCAUCUGAGCAAGGCGCCUCAUCUGAGCAAGGCGACUCAUCUGAGCAAGGCGCCUCAUCUGAGCAAGGCGCCUCAUCUGAGCAAGGCGCCUCAUCUGAGCAAGGCGCCUCAUCUGAGCAAGGCGCCUCAUCUGAGCAAGGCGACUCAUCUGAGCAAGGCGACUCAUCUGAGCAAGGCGACUCAUCUGAGCAAGGCGCCUCAUCUGAGCAAGGCGCCUCAUCUGAGCAAGGCGCCUCAUCUGAGCAAGGCGACUCAUCUGAGCAAGGCGCCUCAUCUGAGCAAGGCGACUCAUCUGAGCAAGGCGACUCAUCUGAGCAAGGCGCCUCAUCUGAGCAAGGCGCCUCAUCUGAGCAAGGCGACUCAUCUGAGCAAGGCGACUCAUCUGAGCAAGGCGACUCAUCUGAGCAAGGCGCCUCAUCUGAGCAAGGCGACUCAUCUGAGCAAGGCGACUCAUCUGAGCAAGGCGACUCAUCUGAGCAAGGCGCCUCAUCUGAGCAAGGCGACUCAUCUGAGCAAGGCGCCUCAUCUGAGCAAGGCGCCUCAUCUGAGCAAGGCGACUCAUCUGAGCAAGGCGACUCAUCUGAGCAAGGCGACUCAUCUGAGCAAGGCGACUCAUCUGAGCAAGGCGACUCAUCUGAGCAAGGCGCCUCAUCUGAGCAAGGCGCCUCAUCUGAGCAAGGCGACUCAUCUGAGCAAGGCGACUCAUUGA